CUCAGCGUCAAAGCACUGAAUUUUCAAGUGGUCCGGGUUUCUGCUUUUGACUGGAAAGCGCCGUAUGGAGAACGAGGUUUGUCCUCAUUGGUUUGCUGUCGGACAACCCCAAAAAAAUCUAGCACUGAGCCAGGGUGUUUGAGCCAUUGAGUGGGCGAUGGCUGCAGUGUAGGUCAGGGAGGUGAGAGAAACCUGUGGUGUGUCCGCCUGAGUUCUACUGGAUUUCACUAAAAGCGAUGGAGUCGAUCCACAUGCACGGUAUCCGGGUCGCUGAGAGUUUGCAGCAAACACUCGGAGGCUUUGAGAAGAGUUUGUUGUGGAUGAGUUGGAUCGGCGACCCCAAAGCUUCCUUCUUUAUUUAUUUCCCCGUCACCUACUUCCUCAGCAGAAAGAUCGGGAUAUCGGUUUUGUGGAUUACCGUACUUACGGAAUGGUUAAAUCUCACUUUCAAAUGGUUGCUGUUUGGUGAGCGUCCGUUUUGGUGGAUUCAUGAAUCCGGGGUCUACAGUGAGCAGCAGAUGCCCAAAUUAAAGCAAUUUUACUCCUCCUGCGAAACUGGUCCAGGUAGUCCUUCAGGUCAUGCCAUGAUCACAGGUGCAGCCUGGUGGGUUAUGAUGACCACACUUUCCGCAUUCAUUUAUGAUCGCACCAGAAGCUCAAUGGCAAAGAACGCUCCUAUCGUAUUGUACUUUGUGAUGUUGCUGGCAAUCGGAAUCUCCCGAAUAUUUAUUUUGGCUCAUUUUCCACAUCAAGUACUUGCUGGAAUAUUUACAGGUGCUGCACUUGGCUUUCUGCUGGGCAGAUACAUACCUGAGAAUAUCAAACUCAUCCAUUAUGUUACUACUUCAGUUGGAUUGCUGCUUGGUGCCUUGGGAUUAUACUGGGGAUUGCAUUAUAUUGGUGUCAAUGUCUCCUGGACGAUUCUCCUUGCUACAAAGUGGUGUGCUAAGCCUGAAUGGAUCCGCCUGGAUACUGCUCCAUUUUCUUCACUAAGCAGGGAUACAGGGGCACUCCUAGGGCUUGGUCUCGCGCUCUCCUCUCCCGUGUAUUCCAGAUUACAGGCAUGGAAGAUGACAUGGAAACUGAAGAUGAUCUGCAUAGUGCUGUCUGUUCUCAUCAUUGAGAUAGUGGAUCAUGUACCGCUGUCAAAACACUCCAGCAUGCUGUUUUAUCUUCUGUUUUACUUGAAGAAUGCACUUGUUCCUGUCCUAGUCACUGUUAUCAUCCCCUGGAUAGUGCAUUCCAUUUUUGUUACUCAGCACUCUCAGAAACAACAGUAGUAUUGACAACAGGACAAGUACUUUAAAAUGGUUUAACCUCUGCUAAUUAUGCUACUUAUUUAGAAGCGCACACACAUACACGCAAGCACCGAGUUUAAGUGGCUGUCUGGAUCAAGAACAUCUCUAUUUUGAAAAGAAAAUGGUAAUUAGAUUAGAUUCCCUACAGUGUGGAAACAGGCCCUUCGGCCCAACAAGUCCACACUGCCCCUUGCAGCAUCCUACCCAGACCCAUCCCCCAAUAACCCACACACCCCUGAACUCUAUGGGCAAUUUAACAUAGCCAAUUCACCUAAUCUGCACAUCUUUGGACUGUAGGAGGAAACCGGAGCACCCGGAGGAAACCCACACAGACACGGGGAGAAUGUGCAAACUCCACACAGACAGUCGCCCGAGGCGGGAAUCGAACCCGGGUCCCGGGUGCUGUGAGGCUGCAGUGCUAACCACUGAGUCACCGUGCCGCCCCCAAACUAGUGUAGUGAUGUUUCCUGUUGAGGGCCAUUUACAAAGACAGUAGCAUCAAUACACCCAGUACCACUAGAUGUCCUUUACAAUGUGUCAGAAGUACAUUCUAUGCUCCAAGGUGUUCCUAUAUGUUGAGUACACGCAGGUGAGGACAAACCUACUCUGUAAACUCAAUCCCACGGAACACUGCAAUUGAUAAACUGUCUAGUUCACCCACACCCCCCUCAACUGUCUACACUGACAGUUGAUUGAGAUAUGAUUAAGUUACCAUGUUGAUGGAUGUUACUUUUAGUUGUGGGAAUUUUUUUUGUUUAAGUUUCCAAUGAAUGUCAUUUGUUUUUGAAUCAAGUGUUUGUUACAGUUGUGCAGACAUAGGCUGAAUGGUCGUGCUUGCUUACUUACUUUGCUAAGUGGCAGGUUUGGGUCCAAAAUCCAACGUGAAUUCCUGAGCUCAACUAGUUAAUAGAAGAGGCAGCCGACUGGGCACUUAACCAUGAAGCUACUUCUGGGGGUGCGGGGGAUGUCAUUGCCAACGUAGUUUGUAACUUAAGCCUCAUCACUGGUUAAAGGUGUUUUUGAUUCUCUUCCUGAUCAGCCAUCAACAUAAACCUAGCCCUCAAAAGCAAAGCUUCUUGUUUCAAAACAAGGAAUACAAACAGAAUUUGCUGGAAAAUCUCAGCAGGUCUGGCUGCAUCUGUGAAGAAAAAAAAUCAGAGUUAACGUUUCGGGUCUGGUGACCCUUCCUCAGAAACAAGAACAAAGCUUUUUGUUUCCUUCUCUGUUCUUUUAAAAUCACUUGUUAUGGACCAGACCAAACUCCCUCAAAGUAUAUUUAAAAAAUAGCUUGGACCCUAAAUCUUCCAUAUUUUUAGGGAAAGUGCUAGGCGUUGCAUUCUGCAUGCAGUUUGAUUGGUCAAACAAUAGAUUUGAAGCAAAACACAUUUUAUUCAUACAUUAUAGUUAAACUGCAACAAAAGAAAGAAGUUGGAACAACCUAACUCUAUUGGAAAACGUAACAGAAUAAUAGGUUAUUUUACUACUAAACAGUAACAGUUCCAAUAUUGUAACAUCCCAUAAACACACACUUGGCAAAGGCAAAUUCAAUAAAAUAGAUUGUCUCACAUGCAUUUGUCCAGUCGAGAAGGAAAACACUUGAGAGAUUGAUGAAUAUCAGAGAUGUACUGCAGCUCAACAUUGAGUUUCAAAAUCCCAGCAGCUACUGCUGCUGAAAAACUGAAACUAAAAGUCCUGGUUCUGUGGGAGCUUGACCCUACCCAUUCCGGCUGCUUCUAUUGUUCCAACUUUUUAAAAAGACCCCAAGGCAUCACAAGCUGUUUACUUCAUUAGAUUCAAACAUACAGCUCAUCUCCUCUCUCUUUCUCAAAAAGGACCAAAUACAGCUCUUCAAGCCAUAGUACUGUCACACUCUUCAAAACUGACCUUUCUUACUACAUUCUCAUUAAGGCUCCAAAACUGCUCAGUCUACCAUUAGUCGGUUAAGCACCUUGAGAUGUUUUAUAACAUUAAAGGUACUGUUAAAUCCAAGUUGUUUCUAUUUCUGACUUAGUCUGCUGAGCAAAUAUAAUUGGAAUUGGGAAUGAGAAGUAUUAAUAGUUAAUAAAAUCAGACAAACUUUUUUUUACAACUCCUUUGUCACUUUACACCAGUCUUGCAGAUCAUGUUGAUGCUUUAAUUUUUCUUAGACAUGAAGUAAAUUCCACAAAAUAAGAUAUUUUGGGUUAUGGAGCCAGGCAGGUGGAUCAGUUGUGAUCGAAUUGAAUGAUGGAUCAGGUUGGAGGAGACAGAAUGGCCUUCUCCAAUUUCCAUUAUGUUUUGUGCUGGUACUGUAAUAAAACCAAAAAUGUGCUCUUGGAUUUCCGAUAGCUGCGUGCUGAGUGACAGGUAUGGGAAUAAAACACAAGUUUUUGGACAUGGUCUUACAUCAUCAGUAAUAUGCUAUAUUUAUUUCAACCACUGUCCCUGGAUCCCUUAGUGUCAUGUCACUGUUGUUCUUUUCUAUAAGGACUGAUUUACUCUAAAUAAAUUUGUGAAAAAAAAACUAUUGUUCGAGUUCUAAUCUUACCCCCUAUCUGAAGGAGUUUUUUGAAAUAAAAGGAAUAAAGUAUUUGUUCAGAUUCUAAGAUGGUACAAACCCUUCACUGCAACCUGUGGAAUUCAUCUUUGCUGCAAGGCAUUUUACAAAAAAGAAUGUAGUAAUGUUAUAUGAAAAACAAGAGUACAGCACAGGAGCAGACACUUUGGCCCAUCAUGACUGUGUUGACACAUGCUUUCCUAAAUUAAAAUCCUUUUGUCUCUAUGCAAUCCAUAUCUGCAUAUUCCCUGCCUAUUUAUGUAUCUGUCAAGAUGCCUCUUAAACAUUGCUAUUGUAUCCGCCUCCUGAAACUGAAAUUUCAAUCACCUGGCUGGGCUUAUUCCUCAAUACCAGAUCUAGUGUGGCCCAUUCUUCUCUUGAACUAUUUACAAAUUGUUUCAAAAAUCCAUCCUGGAUACGUAACGAACUCUACCCCCCACCCUCCCAACAGGGAAGUCCUGGUUGAUAUAGGUGAUGUUAAAAUUGCCCACCACAACAGCUGCAUUAUUUUUAUAUUUUUCCCUAAUCUGUCCAAAUAUCUGCGCCUCUAUCACCCAUUGGCUGUUGGGGGGCCUGUAGUACAAUCUCAAAGUGACUGCACUCUUCCUAUUCCUGAGCUGUCUCCAUAUGGCUUCACUAGCUGAGCUCUACAAAGUUUGCUCCCUCAGUACAGCUGUAAUAUUUUCCCUUAUCAUUCAUGCAAUUUCCUCGAGUCUUGUACAUUCCUCUCUACUUCACCUGACACACCUAAAUCUCAGAAAGUCAAGCUGCCAGUCUUGUCCCGCUCUCAAUGAAGUUUCUGUAAGAGCUACAACAUCAUAGCUAUAUGUAUUAAUGCUCUAAAUGAAUUUGCCUUAUUUGUCACGUUCCUUGCAUUCAAACAAUACAUAUCAGACUGCCAGUCCCAUUGCAUUCAGUAACCUCUCUUGUCUGUUCUUCCUCUUAGUCUUACAGGCCAUCAUCUCAGCUUCCUCCUUGGUCAUUUUACUUGCUGACCUAAUGCUCUGGUUUCUGGACUUUUAAACCCUCCCAAGUGGCACUAAACUUACUGAGUUGGUAAUAUGGAACAGCUUUACAAAGGAUCAUCCAAAGUGGCACAAUCCUCAGUAAAAUACCAACAACAGAUCAGCUGUAAAUUCAGAUAUAAACUAGAGCUGACGAAGUUCACAGCAGGCAUGAUAGUGUUUCAUGAACAGAGGACAUCAUGAAUAUCUCAUGUAUCUUGCUUCAGUUCUCACAAUUUAUUUAUUUAUUUUAGAGUUGUGAGAGCAUGGAAUGCGUUGCCAGCAGCAGUUGUGGAAGCAAGGUCAUUGGGGUCAUUUAAGAGACUGCUGGACAUGUAUAUGGUCACAGAAAUUUGAGGGUGCAUACAUGAGGAUCAAUGGUCGGCACAACAUUGUGGGCUGAAGGGCCUGUUCUGUGCUGUACUGUUCUAUGUUCUAUGUUCUAAUUUAUUUAUACAUUAUUAUUUUAAUCUGCAGAGCAUAAUUACAUCUACUGUACACUGAAGUGAAUCUUGCUAUCAUUUACAAAAAUGUAAACUGGUGGCAUUCUAGAUCAUAUAGUGUGAUCCAUUACUCUGAAUAUUUUACACUGAUGUGUUGCAAAAAUAGACUGACAUUGCUGUAAAAUAUAUGU